CGUUCCCGUGCGUCCCGGGCGCACGCGCUGCGGAAGGCGGCUGAGCGCGCACGGCGGCUACCGAGGCCAUGGCGCUGGAAGCCAUCCGCUCCUCCCGGGGCUCGCUGCACAUCCUGGACCAGCUGCUGCUGCCGGGGCAGAGCCGCUACGAGGCGGUGGAGUCGGUGCAGCAGGCCUGGGAGGUCAUCCGCGCCAUGAAGGUGCGCGGGGCCCCAGCCAUCGCCCUGGUGGGUUGCCUCAGCCUGGCCGUGGAGCUGCAGGCGGCCGUCCUGCCUGUACCUGCACCCCAACAAUAAACCAGGCUGUUCCGCCCCGCGGUCUGGGGGAGCAGUGAACUGGGGCACCACCACGGUCAGGGGCCACUGGGGAGGGGGUGCUGUGGACUGGGGGGCCACCAGAGUCGGGGGUCCCAGGACAUUU